AUGUCGGAGAAUGACGUGUUGGAUGUAGAGGCUGGUAGGGUGAAAGAUCAGAACGAGAGCCAGAAAUCCACUCGGGAGCUGCUGAAGGAGGCAUUGAAGACGGCCUUUGUCCCAUUGGCUCCGCAGAGAGAGCUCGGUGCCGGCAUCUGUGAAGAGGAGGAGGUGGACAAAUGUGACGCCGCAGCAGACAGCUCCUUCUACGACAAAAGAAAGUCGAAGCGGAGAAUGCGGACAACAUUCACCAUGGAGCAGCUCCGGGAGCUGGAGAAGAUCUUUCACAUCACCCACUAUCCAGAUGUUUACACGAGGGAUCAACUGGCAGCGAAGAUUAACCUGCCUGAGGCCAGGGUUCAGAUCUGGUUCCAAAACCGGCGAGCAAAAUGGAGGAAGUACGAGAAACUGGGGAAUUUUGGUGGAUUGCAACAUCUCACCGAGGUGGAUGUGGUUCCUGCUCCCAAACCCCAACCCACGAGUUCCUGCAUGAUUACAAAGAAAACUUCAAUGCCCCCAUUGCCAUCUGGAUGCUGCCCCCUUGUACCACGGUCGUUGACAUCGAUGUUGGCACCGUACUCCGUGGCAAUGGCACCCCAUACUGCCUUUGACGCCAUGUCGAAGCUCCAGCCUCACCUCCUCUGGGUUGCACCACAUCAUGUCCCCAUCUCUACUUCUCCACAUUGGGACAUCACCUGCGUGGGACUGAGGAGGAACAACCCACACUAACAUUCACCACCACAGACUAGAAAAAGCAGGUAAAUAUUCGCCACCAACAGGCGGGAAUUCCUCUGGAGCCUUAGUAUGCAUCAUGGUGGCUUCCUGCAUUGUACGUACAUGUGAAUUUUCAGCCAGAGACAUUAUCCGACCUUGGUCAUGAGAAACUAAGCAGAACAAGCCCCAAGAUUGCCCUGAGGACCUUAAGGAAGCUAUCUUACUGGACCAGAAGAUAGGGACAUGGAGGGUGAAGAUUUGGUGGGGUGAUGGACUGGAAUCUCCGAACCAACGGUCGGUUCAGGAUGAGACCUGUGCUGAUUAGUGCUGCCAAACUGGCCAGAAACUCCACCUGAGUCCACUUUACCUUGGGCAACCCUUGUAUUUCCAGUGUAAACUUUGACAUUCUUGCCCUCAGGCCCUUAUCAGGCUGCUUGGACGUUAUUCUUCUCAACUUUUGGCUGGUAUAAAGGCCAAGGCUUCAGAUCUGAAGAAAGGUCCUGACCCAAAAUGUCACCUAUGCAUGACCUCCUCCUGAGCCGCUGAGUUCCUCCAGCACUUUGUGUGUCCGAGUCUUCAGGUCCUCUCCCACAAACUGUGACCUCUGGUCUCCGACCUGAAAGAAGAACUUCAUCCGAUGACUUGGCGUGAGAUCCACUCUGGUCAUCCGGGUGAGAUUUACCAUUGAAAAGAUGUUUGAGCAUCUCUAACACUGCAUCAGUCUCAUCACGUGAACUUCAUUUACAGUUUCAAGUGGACGGGUUACACAACAUAAGGAAGUUGAACAAAGAUACAUCCAAAGUAAGGUUGGGAAGUCGUAUGGUUAUCGUUGAAGUGGGUCGGAUAGAGGCCGUGAAAUAACUGAUGAUAUACAUAUUGUGGAAGAAUGGUGUGAAGUAACUGAGAGUUAGUCCCACCACAAUCUCUUCUCCAUGGUGCCCCCGUGGCAGACUGCGGUGCCCAGGCCUAUUCCCCAGCACCAGGCCUGGCUCACCCACCGCGGAGCCGGGAAGCCCACCCUCGAGAGGGAACCCAUCGGACCCGGCCCCUGCUCACCCCCACGUACUUGAGAGGAGGGUAGAGCGAGUCAAGAUGGCGGUGGCGGCGGCGGAUGCAAAGAACAAAGGGCAGCCGAUAAGAGGAACUGGGAUCUUUGCUUCCGCGCCCUCAAGGUCGUCUGAGGGAGGUGACCCUAGGCCACAAAGGCUAAACAGUGGCUGGGCGAGAAAAGGGACAAUGGUUCGCUGGCCGAUGUCGAGAUCUGGACUGAGGUUAUGCUUUUUGUAAAUUUACAAUUACAUGUACAGCACAAAAUCAAAAGCAACCCCACCACCAUAAUACAAGUCAAACAAAUAUUCUUCAAUAUUAAACAUACUAUUAUACAACUAUAUCUCCAUCCUUAUUAAGGAAUCAUUCCACCCCCUGCGUUGCCCAGCGGGCCUGGCACUCCCCAGGGUGACCUUGGAUAGCGCGCCGUCUCUUUCUAAAACCACUGAGGUGAUGCUUGGGGCUCGACUGGAUUGGAUACCGCUCCGAGGGACCGAGCGUACUGACUGGACCGUGGCAGCACGGCGCGGUGGAGCAGUGGUGCGGCAUUCCUCCAACUUCGCUUGGCCAGGCCGGCCCUGCAUUGUCGCCAGGACAAUGGGCCUUGCUCGCCAGCCGCACUUGAAGCAACUUGGACUUUGAAAAUGGUGCCCAAACAUGGCAACUCUUGUAUAUUGUCUCAGUGGACUAUUACUACACACUACACACCAUGUUUAGCAAUACUUUACUGAACUGUAUGCAAAAAAAGACAUUUACUGUACCUCGGUACAUGUGGCAAUCAAGAACCAUUGAACCAUUGCACCUGCCAUGAGUUGGUGUGGAGGGUUGGUCUGAGCAUGUGCAUGAUGCUUUGAACUCUGCUCACUUAUUGAGUUGUUGCCAUUGUUGAUUCUAUCUUUCUUAAUGGUGUUUAUGUACUCAGAAUGAUUGAUUAUAUAUGACUAUAGCUGAAAUAAAGGUAUACUUGACACCCAU